UGGCCGCUGUUGUAUUCACGUUGCUGAAAUCCCGCAUUCACUCCACUUUUAUCAGAUCGUGGGUUUUUCCCAUUCUGAUGAUGGUACGUGAACGUACCAAACCAAAGCUUGAAGAGCGGAUGAAACGAAAUGAGACCCGUUUAAAGGUCGGAUACUUUAAGGAACUCACUUCACUCGGCGAUUUCAACCUCUGCUUUCAGGGACCGAUAUAACAGGGGGCCAGAAUGGAACCUUUGUCAGGAGGAAUUAGGCCCCCCGGACGCAUGUUUGAAACCUCUGCUAUAAGACGGGGCUGAGCCAUGGCCAACAUCCAGAUCAGGAAGUACCAGGACGAAGACGCCGAGUCCGUCAAGGAGAUCUUCACCUUGGGCAUGAGCGAGCAUGUGCCGUCGUCCUUCGUGCACCUCCUGAAGCAGCCGCUGACGCAGAUGGUGCUCAUGUGCGUAUUCUGCGCCCUCAUGACCAGCUCCAAGUCCUUCCUCCUGCCCGUCCUAGCCGUCACCUUCCUCCUGGCCGGAGCCCGGCAGUUAGUCGUCCACAUGUUUAAAAAAUACAUUGAGACGUCCCUCAGGAAGGACCUUGACAAGAUCACAGAGACCUACAUACAGCAGAAGGACUCGUGUUUCUGGGUGGCGGAAAGCGACGGUCGGGUGGUGGGGACAGUGGCGUGCCUCCCCAACCAGGACGUCCCCGAAUGCCUGGAGCUGAAGCGCAUGUCCGUUCGCCACAGUCACCGCGGGAUGGGCAUCGCUAAGGCCCUCUGUCAGACCGUGGCGGAUUUUACUCGGGAGAGGGGCUACGCCGCUGUGGUCCUGUACACGUCCGUGGUCCAGACGGAUGCUCAGAAGCUGUAUGAGCGCAUGGGCUACCAGAGGAUCAGGGAGUUUGUUGUUCCUGAGUUGGUCGCCAAACUGACAAACUUCACUCUGUACGAAUAUAGACUUGAAUUACAACAGCAGAAGUAAAAGGAUCUGACACUGAUGCACCAGGACCCUGAUAUACGCAAAUGGACAAAAGUAUGUGGACACGUUGGAUUCAGGUGUUUCUUUUCUAACAGGGGUCUGGGACAUCAAACAAUCAUGACUAAUGUCAGAAUAUAGUUUUAUACUA